AUAUGUUCCCAAAGAAACAAAGUGUCCUCACAACUGCAGUGUUUUUAAAAAACAUGGCUCCCACACGUAUAGUUAUACCGAACACACACACACGGAAAUACACAAACACUAGCGUUGGGUCGUCCUGGGAGGAGUUACAAAGAACUUUUCUUUUUCCUGUCGACGCGCCGCCUCUGAUUCUUUCUGAUUUCUCUGCGAUUUGUACAAUCGUUUUUCAUUAAAACUUUUGUACUUUCCAUUAGUUCCCGUUGAACAACUUUCUAGAUGUGAUUUUUUGGGUUUCAAGCAAUUCUUAUCCGUUAAGGAAGCCUGAACGUAGAGCGAAACUAGCGGGGACCGAGUGGCACAGUGACCGGCAGAGAGGAGGCGCGGAUCCGCAGUCAGGUGAGUUGUGGGCGGAGCCGUCAUCAUUGCGUCGAAGUGGAGUUGUCGUGGCAGCCCUGAUGGGGCGCAGGAGGAGCAUGAAGAUGCAGACGGGGAAGAGCAGGUGGACAGUGCUGACCGCGGACUGGAUGGAGAUCCAGAGGGGGUGUGGAGUGCAGACAUUGAGCAGAGUUUCCAGGAAGCUCUGGCCAUCUACCCACCCUGCGGGCGCAGGAAGAUCAUCCUCUCAGACGAGGGGAAGAUGUACGGUCGAAACGAGCUGAUCGCUCGCUACAUCAAGCUACGAACAGGAAAGACGCGCACCCGCAAACAGGUGUCAAGUCACAUUCAGGUUCUUGCACGUAAGAGGGUACGAGAAUACCAGGCCAACAUCAAGGCCAUGAACUUGGACCAGGUUUCCAAAGACAAGGCUCUGCAGACAGUUGCCAAUCUGUCCUCGGCUCAGAUCGUUACCGCUACCGUCGUCAAGCCGCAGACUCAGUUUCCUCCACCAGUUAGAUUCUGGCCAGGUUCGGUACCAGGACAAUCUGGACUGUCACAGGACGUCAAACCCUUUGCACAGCUGCAGUACACCACUCGUCCUGCUGCUGUUCCUCCACCAAUCAUAUUUGGGCCUCCACCACCUCCACCUCGCCCCGCUGCUGUCACCACUUCUGUGUGGCAGGAUCGAACCAUCGCCUCAGCCAAACUCCGGCUCCUGGAAUAUUCUGCUUUCAUGGAAACACAGAGAGACAGAGAUACACAUCAACACCUUUUCGUGCACAUGGGUCCGUCUAACCCGAGCUUUGACGACCCAAUCCUGGAAUCAAUAGAUGUGAGGCAGAUCUACGACAAGUUUGCUGAAAAGAAGGGAGGUCUGAAGGAACUGUAUGAAAAAGGGCCGCGGGGUGCCUUCUUCCUGGUCAAAUUCUGGGCUGACCUGAGCUGUGAUGUGGAGGACGGUUCUGGAGCGUUCUAUGGUGUGAACAGUAGCUACAGUGGAACAGAAAACAUCAGCAUUAGCAUUUCUACCAAAGUCUGUUCUUUCGGAAAACAGGUGGUAGAAAAGGUGGAGACGGAAUAUGCUAAGUUGGACGGAGGAAAAUUCGUUUUCCGAAUCCAUCGUUCGCCGAUGUGUGAAUAUAUGAUCAACUUCAUACACAAACUCAAACAUCUGCCAGAGAAGUACAUGAUGAAUAGUGUCCUGGAGAACUUCACUAUCCUGCAGGUGGUGUCCAACAGAGAGACCCAUGAAACUCUCCUCUGUGUUGCCUUUGUCUUCGAAGUGUCUACGAGCGAACACGGAGCUCAGCACCACGUUUACCGACUAGUUAACGACUAAUGUUUAUGGACUUUUUUAAAAGACGCAAAACAAGAGAAAACAACGUUUCUGAGCAAUGGUCAUUGUUUAAAGACAAACAAAAAAAAAAAAUCACCUAACUUUGGUAAUGAAUGCGUUCGAGGCUAUUGAAAAUCUUUUUCGCAAAUGUGCGAAUGAUCUCAGAGUCACAGUCGCAGAUCCUCGAGUUUUGGUUCUUCAAAUAAUUUCAACAAACAUUUUCUGUCAUUAUGUUAACACUAAAAGAACUAUAAAGUCAAGCGGCUUUGUUUUCUCCAAAGACUAUAGAUGAUAUAUUUUUGGCCAGACGUUGGUCUUUGUUUACUUCUUUGUUGAAAUGAUUUGCGGGCCAUGAGUAGUCUUGCUGUGAUGAUGUCGCAUCAUGCUGUGAUAAUGAGAUUGGGGUUUUUUUGUUUGUUUUUUUGUUCUUUUUCUUGAGCGCAACUGUUUUUGAAAAGGAUUUAGACACUGAAGUUUUUAUAUCCACUAAGAUUAGAUGCGAGGCUAAAGUGCAGUACUGCCGAAAGUCAUGGGGGGGGUGUCAAUGAUAAAUGACCCAAAUGUGCAGCAUUUUUUAACACUAAAAAUGUAUCGAGCCCUUUGUGAGUCUUUUAAAAAAAAACACUUCAAGAGACGUGGGUACAACGGAAAACCUGAUAUCAUAAUUAUCUUCAUUUAAAACAAUUUGUAAUUUAUUGUAAUAAUGGUAAAUUCCACUUUGACCUCUUAUGACUUACUUUUACUAGAGUUCUGUCCUCUCCUGUACUGUCAUUACCAGAAAGAUACGGCGCCCCCCUUUGGUACUUUGCAAUUAAUCACUAGCAUUUUUUGUUGCAAAGCGAGACAGAUUUAUUUUUUUUUAAGUCAUUGAAAUUUAACUAUUGUUACUUUGGCGGAUGUUAUCAACACUUGAGUAUUACUAGUUUUUCACCGCAUAAUAUUUAGCCGUGACGUUAUCGAUCGGAAUUCUGUCACUUUUAUAUCGUACAAAACGCUCAUCACGUCGGUUGUCAGACGCUCUGUUGUUUAUGGACAGAUCACUACUAUGUUGACACAAAGGCAAUGACAAUUUUAUUAUUUGAGAAAAAAAAAUGUAAAGACGGCUUCAGAACUAGCCCUUUGGGAUGUCUACCUCCAGACCCACUGUAAAUGAGUUUUAACGGAUUUCUUAAAGUUUUUAGAAGCUGACUGUCCCCUGCCAAUAGAACCGGCCUGUUGUGCAUUACGUGUAAACUUGGCUGCCAGCAGGGACUCCAGGAAGACCAGGCUCAUGUAUCAGUACCAUGUACAAACAGAAAAUACUGACAGGUUUCCUUUUUCUGUAGCAGCACUGACGUAAGGAACACUACUUUAAAAUGGUACUUAAUUAAACACAAACAGUAUUCAGAUGAUAAGUGUCACAAAACCUCUGUGUAGUCACCUGCCCUGCAAUAGAUUUACACCGGGAAAAACACUAGCAAACUUUACAACUGACACUUUUCUAUUAUUUUCUUGUACUAUUUAAUUUUUUUUUUUUUUUUUUUUUUUGGCACCUUUGUAGUCAACAUAACCUUAUACCGUCGCCCUCUGCUGGCAGGGUUCUCUUUAAUAUGUGGAAUAUAAAAAAAAAUGUUUUGUGACAUAAUGGCGGCUGUUUUUGAAUAAGAUCUUUUUAGGACUUAAGUCAUUUAAUGGAACAUUUUGUAUUAUGAACCAAUAAAAUUACACCGCAA